AUGGAGACCCGAACAAAUCCCAAGGAUUCUCAACCGCUCAUUUCGAGCUACUUCCCACUUGGCUCCCUCGAAGAUGAGCCUCGCAUGCAGGGUUUCGAGAUGGAGGCAAGCGGUACCUCGUUGCAUUCAUCUUCAAACUUACAGCCACAAUCCCCAGCAGACUGCAGCCUGCGCAACGCAGCAGCGAAGAGGCAUGCCGCUGUUGCCGUUCAAUCUCCAGCUGAUCAGCGUAAGCACUCCGGGGUGUACCAUCUUGAUGUCCAAGGGUGCGAAGCCUCUCUGUCAUCAACUAUCAGUAUCUCAUGCAACGAACAUGCCGCAUUCUGGUCUGAGAGCUGGUCAGAGUUUUACAUGAGAGAGCUUCUGCAUUUUGAUUUCAGCUCACAAGACAAGGACAAAGAUGAGUCUACCCAUUCAGGCAGAGAGUACUGGAGCUUGGAGGACCUGAAGCUCCUGUUACAGGAGCGAGAGAAUUUGUGGCAACAAGAGACGGGAGCCCAAGUUGUGUCAGAGAGUUCACUCUCAGGUAGCAGACGCAACAGUCGCAAAGCCAGCUCUAUCUAUGAAGUGGAGGACGCUGAUGAAUAUCAUUUAAAGGAACGCAAACAAAUGGUGCUAAUGGAAAAGAUGGGAAAUAGUUUCGUUGAGGAUAACGCAAGCCUUGAUACGAAAUUCAUCUUUCCAGGGCAUCUUGAUAAGGGUCUCGACAACGAGCCAGAUUUUCAGCACACAUUUAAUACACCUCUAGCAAGACGCAAGCUGACGACGCUGCGUAAUACGAGCAACGCUGGCGCAAAAUUUGACUCCUGCUCUGAUACGUGGAAAUGCCCCGAGCAUCCUACCAAAGCCCAAGAUGAGCGCUUCUCCUCGGUUUUUCAAGCCAGACCGUUUGAACAAAAGGCCGAGCUCCAGCUCGCUUCAGGAGCAGGAAGGGAUAAAGUUGAUGACCACGUGGUCAUGUUCUUUGCUGAGGAACCUCAAUUUCACGAUAAUAUCGAUGAUUACUUUGCUACACAGGCGCUCGAUGCGGCAGCAAUUGACGCGAUCGUGGAUCCAGAGGAAGAUACAUUGGAAUGCGUGUGGGACUAUGCAAUGCGGGCUCCUCGGGGUGCUGACAAUUUCGAAAACUACACAGCCUCUCAAGGUGGCCUUCCAAGUCGAGUCCUGACGGAUAGAGCAUCACUACAUUGUCCAUGGGACGCUGCACCAUAUCCGUCGCAUGGCGUUCUAUCCUCACAUGAAACGAUGGAGCGGGCAUCUGAUGUCCGGGCCGUGAGGCGAUGCGGCAUGGAACAAGGAUUAAUUGAUAUUCCCAGGGAUUUUUGGCGGCAGAAUAGGUUAUAUUGA